ACACUAGUCGCGACUACCAUUUGCAUUUCUGAUUUGACAGCGAAGCGAACGGCAGCAAUUCCCUGCAGCAACAACUUAAAAAGUUUAAUCGUGCGAACUAUAAUAAUUUUCAGUCAGUAUCGUGUAAAAUAUAAAGUUGGUAAGUUAAAAUACCGCAAAACCAAAGUGCUACCAAAUUAUCGCUACCCAACGUGGGACGUCAGACUGCAAAUCUGCCUAAAACAUACCUACGCAUAUUAAAAAGGCACAGAAGUACACGCGCCAUACAUACAUCCAUUGCGCCCAGCGUGGGAUCUACAAAACGUAACACCGGGGAACCGCAUUCCGUUGCUGUGCGAAGGCGCUAUUCCCGUAUAUACAAACAUACAUCAGCGCCCGCCGAGGGACUCUCAACAAGCAUCUCCAAAAGAUCAGGGUGACCGGCCAGCGCGGGACAAAAAACGAUGAGUACCGAAAAACGUACAGUAUCACGUCGGGACGGCCGAGAUCCCAAAAUCCAGCAGUGUGUACUUUGCUAUCGCAGUCAUGCUCUGCGUUUUUGUAAACUCUUCCUCAAUAUGAACGUGGAUCAACGUAUUGGGGUUGCACGCAGUUUUAAAUGUUGCGUCAACUGUCUCGCCCGCACACAUGAUGACUUAAGAUAUUGCGGCUCAUUGAAUACGUGCAGCCACUGCAAACAAUUACAUCACACCCUUCUUCAUCGUCCAAAACUAGGGAAGAAGAGGGAAGCACAGAAGACUCCGCACAGGCCGAAAAAAUACGCACGCAGUCAACCGGUGAAGGACACUCGGAAGUCAAAACAAUACGCACGCAGUCAACCGGUGAAGGAUACUUGGAAGCCGAAAAAACCAAACGCACGCAAGCAAAUGAUAAAGGACACGCGUAGGCCGAAGAGAUCAGAUAAGCAGGUGGAUGUAGUAAUCCAGGCCAUGGAGCUGCUUCGGGUUAGUCUUGCACUCGUGAAAAGGGGGCGCUAUGUUUAAGCGACUUACGUCCGCUUAAAACGCAACGCUGUGCUACAUUGAACCCCACAUGCAGGCCUGCGUGAACAUCGUUUUCGAACUUCCAGUGUUUAGUUUCGCUUCGUAUAAAAUGCGGUGAGCGCACUUAAUUCUCCCUUUUUCUUUUUCUUCCGAUAAUCCAGCACAAUCAACAACGGAGUUAACCAUCAGCAUGAGCCAUUACUACUCGCCAUCUACAGCGUUAUUAAUUCAGUCUACUUAUUUGAUCAAUUUAAUCAUUUCAAUUUUCAUUUCAAUUAAUUGUCAUUCCACUCAAUCUACGAUAUAAGCCAUUUAAAUACUUUUUCAUAUGCGGUGUAAAUCGCCAAACUAUCUAUUUACCUUGCAUUAGUGUAAAAAUACAGCUUGUAAUUGAAUUCA